AUGCCCAGUCGGCUACAGAAACCUCGAACCCAUCCCGUGUCGAGUCGCGAGCCGCCAGCUCCUGCCACCCACGACAUUACCGACGAUGCUAGCUCGCCGCCAAAAAUCACGACUGCCCCCCACGACGUCGAGAACACGAUGAGCACCCCGAGCGCGUCUCCCCAAUCCAAGUCUGCCACAUACGUGAGCCGUACCUACUCGGCCAACGGAAACGUCAACAUCUCAUAUACCAUCCGCACUGUCACUGGCUCUGAUGAGCCUUCAGAUAGCUCCUCCUCGGAGUCGCUAUCCGCGCAGAACAGCAGCUUUUCUAGUUCGACUCGCAGCACUUCCAGCGUUACGUCCUUCAUGUCUCAGCAACAGAUGCACAGCAUCUCUUCCGUCAAGUUAAAACCUCAAUCGCCCAUGUCCGGGUCGUUGCCCUCAAGAUUGCAAAACGGUGACGGGGCCCAGAGAGGAGAGAGCAUGGAAGAACCAGUCGAUUCGGCCUUGGAAGCGCCCGAUGCGUCAGCGGUCGAAGAUUCCUCAUCCAAAGCACAGGAAGGGUCUCCGCAAUGGGAUAGCACCGUCGGCAAGGCCGGUCUCGGAAAGACGGGUCGAGUGAUCAACAAGCUGGUGUCCGACAACGAGGUGCUGAAGCGAGAUCUUCAGAUCGAGAGGCUUAAAGCCGAGGAGGCAAAGCAAGCCGCCAAACUGCUAGAAGAUAAGAUGGACCGUGUGAUAGCCGAUUACGAAUCCCGUUUGUUAGAAGCUAACGUCACGAAGACGCUACUCAGUCGGAAAGAACGACAGGUAGAGCAUCUGCAGUCAGCUGUGGAGCUGGAGAAGAAGCGCACGACAGACGCUCAGGAGCGAGAACGGAUAUGGCGGGAACAGUUGGAGAAGAGCCAGCGCGAGACCAAGGUUCAGGUCGAGGAGGCCAACCUGCACGCCACGCUAAUGGAGGGCCGAUACAACGCCAUCUCCUCCCAUUGGAAGGACCAGGGCGAAGAAGUGAAGCGCUCGGCGGCCGGCCUCGAGGGCAAAAUCAAGACGCUAGCCGAGGAGCGCAGGGCGGACGAUGAAAAGAUCAACACCCUCCGCGAUCUAUGCGACCAGCAAGACGCCAACAUCCGCGACCUCCAGAGGCAAAAGGAAGACAUCGCGAGGCAGUUCGAGGCCUACAAGCAAGAGCAGGAGCAGGCAUUAAGGGACAUCAAGACGGCGGCCCGAGAGAGGACGGAGGAGCACGAGCGAGCGCUGGACGAGACGAGACGAGUGCUCGGCCAGCUCAAAUGGGCGCUCAACGUGAAGCAGAACGUCAAGGAUGCCCAGUAA